AUGGGCAGUUUGGACGAGACCAGGUAUGUCGACGUCCUCAUCGUGGGCGGUGGACCGGUCGGUCUGGUCACGGCAUACCAGUUAGCCAGAUUUGGAGGCGUGAGUGUGGCCAUUGUCGAGAAACAUUCCAAGUCGGCGCAGGACGAAUAUGGACGCGCCAUCACCCUGUAUCCCCGCUCAACAGAGAUGUUGGACCAGCUGGGACUGGCAGACGACCUGGCGCAAUUGUCCUUUGCAUGCCGCGAGACCGUCAGCUACGAUCCGCAAGGCCGCGAGGUCCACGGGCGAGGAUGGUCGUUCAUGGAGAACAUGAAGGACACACAGUGGCAGUUUGCGCUCGUGCUGCGGCAAAAGUACCAGGAAGAGAUCUUUCGACAGAGGCUGAGAGAACACGGCGUCUUUCUGGAGUCGCAGGUCGAGGUCACCGAGAUCAGCCAUUUGACGUUCAAGGACGUGAAUGACUACAAGGUCAAAGCGGCCCUCCGCAACACGGCCACGGGAACGACGUCGACCAUCGCGUGCAAAUACCUCGUCGGCGCGGAUGGUGGGCGCUCGUUUGUGCGCAGCGCGUGCGAGAUCCCGUUCGACGGCAGCACGUCCGAGGACAAGUGGGUGCGGAUCGACGGCAUCAUCGAGACCGACAUGCCCAAACAGCGCGUCUACGGGGCCAUCGAGUCCCCCACGCACGGCAACGUGCUGUGGGCCGCGCUGGACCACGGUGCGACACGCAUCGGGUUCGCAUUCACGGCAGAACGGCAAAAUGCGUAUGCCGAGUUCGACGAGAAGGCGGCCGUUGCGGAGGCCAUUGCUUCGGUGAAACCGUUCAGCUUGACCUUCAAGAAGGUCGAUUGGUACACGGUGUACGCGGUUGGGCAGCGGAUCGCACGCAACUUCUUUGUCCGGGGCAGUGUCUUCCUCGCUGGCGAUGCGUGCCACACGCACUCAUCCGGUGCCGCACAAGGCAUGAACACGGGCAUGCACGACAGCGUCAAUCUGGGGUGGAAACUGGCCAUGGUGCUCAAGGGUCUCGCUCACCCGUCGCUUCUGGAGACGUACGAGAGCGAGCGGCGGCCAAAUGUCCAGAAGUUGAUCGACUACGACAAGGACAUCUCGCGACUGAUGACCAUGCAGUUGCCCGCCGAGUGGAAGGGGGACCCCAAUGCCGACCCGAACGAGAUCCUGGGCUAUGUGAUGGAAGAAGCCAGUUCUUUCACUUCGGGGCUGAGCAUUGCGUAUUCGGAGAAUAUGCUCAACGUGGCCGGGUCGUUCGCAGGGGGGUCCGAUACUGCUCCCAAACCGGGCCAGCGUGGCCCAGACGUGGCGCUCACCAAGCCCGGCACGCUGGAAGCCACUCGUCUGCAGAAGGAGACGCCAAACUAUGCCCGAUUUUCCGUCGUCAUCUUCUCGGGCGUGCCGUGUGAUACGAACCCAUCUCUGGCUGCCUUUUCCACCAAGCUGGCCCAGUCGGUGGUGUUGAUGAAGCCUGGCGUACCCGUGAAUUGGCUGACGAUUCCGGCGGCGGUCGGUCCGUCGGCCUUUGAGUUGCUCGAGGGGAAUCCUGUCGGGAAGGUCUUUUAUGACCGGGACCAGACGGCUCACAAGCGCUACGGCGUACCUGUUGACCAAGGUGCGGUGGUGGUGCUUCGACCGGAUGGAUGGAUAGGCACGACGGCCAAACUGGGAGAGAAUGCAGUUGCCGAAGUAGAGAGAUAUCUCGCCGGCGUUCUUGUUUUAUAA